AUGGCAAAUCGCACCCUUGCGACAAGAAUUACGGAAUUCCGGGAGGCUAUAAAUGCCCCGAUAGUGCAUUCUCUUCGCCUAAAGGCGUUCAAGAGCUCGAUAGCAAGGCCUAGAAUGGAAUUAAGAUCUAUUAAAACGUAUAAGCAGAACGGCAAUAAGAACGGCGGAGGCAAGGCGAAUCCAAAAGACUUAGGUACAUUUGACGCCCUCAAGAAGAUGGAAAUCAUGACUCCUAGAUUCAUACGCCUCCCCGAAAAUGCCGACAAGACAGAUGCCAUAAGACAUAAGGAAGGCUUCCCAUAUAAUAACGAUAAUGGCAAGUCGUACUGCACCACAUCGAAAACAACCUAUAUCGAAGAGACUACGAGUGGAUCGCCACUUAUCGAUGAUUGCCUGGUCAUUGUCAAGAACAUUCAAGGAACAAGUGGGUCAUAG